CUAGGUUCACACCUGUGCAGGUGGUGCCACUGUGGGACCAGCACAAAUACCUCUAGCAGCACCACCCACACAAAGGAAUGUGGCACCUGUGGGCGGGUGCCAUUAAUUCCAAUGGCACAACGCCCAUACUGGAAAUCACAACCCUACUGGGAACUGAGGUUCCCCCGCGGGCUGCGAUUUUCGAAGAAGUGCAGGGACUUCUUCCCUGUAUGUCCCGGGGCAUGGGAGUCCAUUCACAUGAAGCAGUGCUCCCUGCACUUCUGAAAACGCAGCCCGCACGG